AUGGCUAUUGAAAACCCACUCGUUGCCUCAGGCCUCCGCAAGUUCAGCAAGCGUACCCUCGCCAAGCGUACCCGCAUCUACUUGUGCAAGAAGAACAAGGUCGUCACCCCAAAGAAGGCUGCCCCAGCCCCAGUUGUCCGUGAGGCCACCAUCAAGGGAGGCAAGAAGGUCCAGCUCAAGGAGAAGGUCCCAAGAUACGCCCCAGUUGAUGCUUGUGAGGUCCGUGCUGCCAACCGUGCUCACAGCGUCGCCCCAAUCUCCCUCCGCAAGUCCAUCACCCCAGGUACCGUCCUCAUCGUCGUUGCCGGUCGUUUCGCUGGCAAGCGUGUUGUCUUCUUGAAGCAGCUCACCUCUGGUCUCUUGUUGAUCACCGGUAAGUACUCACCCCGCCUCGACCAUCGCACAACAUCGUCGACACGACAUACUAUGAUCAUCAAGGCCACCACCAAGAAGUCCGAGGGCGAGUUCUUCAAGGACGGCGAGAAGAAGACCGAGAAGAAGGAGAAGAAGCAGCUCCCAGAGGCUCGCGUUGCCGACCAGAAGGCCGUCGAUGCCGCCAUCUUGGCCGCCCUCAAGGGUCAGAAGGAGUUGUGCCUCUACUUGAAGACCAAGUUCUUCCUCCGCUCCGGUGAGUUCCCACACGCCCUCAAGUUCUAA